AUGCGUGAUGCGGCACAAAGGAUGGAUUUUUGGACGGGGGUCUUUGUGUUGUGUGCGGCAUGGCCGGCUGCUUUGUCCGUGACACGCUACUCCAUCCCCGAGGAGAUGGAGAGGGGCUCCGUGGUGGCCAACCUCGCCGCCGAUCUGGGACUGGAGCCCGGAGGCUUGGCCCAACGACAGGUAAAACUCGAUAUUUUCCACAACAAAAAAUAUCUGGAUGUCAAUAAGAAGACGGGGGAGCUGCUCAUCAUGGAGACAAUGGACAGGGAAUAUCUUUGCCCCUCCAAACCAGUCUCCUGUCUCCUCAAGCUUGACGUGAUAAUAGAAAGUCCAUUGCGCAUCUUCAACAUUGAGCUGGAAAUAACCGAUAUAAACGAUAACGCGCCGCAUUUCAGACGAGAUAGAGUACAACUGGACGUGUCUGAGUCGGCGACGCCCGGCGAGAGAUUCUCCCUCCCCAAUGCGGUGGAUCCAGAUGCGGGCACGAAUACGAUCAAAACCUACAAACUCAGCCCCACUCAGCAUUUUACCAUUGAAAUCCAGACGGGCACAGACGGAAGUCAAUAUGUAGAUUUAGUGUUGACCAGAUCUUUGGACCGGGAGGAGACCGCGGUCCAUAAUUUAAUACUCACGGCAGAGGACGGCGGUAGUCCAGUACGUUCCGGUACCGCGAAUAUUAUCGUGAGAGUGCAGGAUACCAAUGACAACCCGCCUCGAUUUGACGCGCAGAUUUAUACAGUAAACAUGACGGAGAAUUCGCCGAUCGGGACCACGGUGAUAAAGCUCAACGCUACAGAUCUCGACGAGGGGCCAAAUUCCGAGCUUGUGUACUCCUUCACGCUUUACACGUCAGAAAAAACCCAAGACGCGUUUGCCAUGAACCCCAGCACGGGCGAGAUAACGGUGAAGGGCGCCGUGGACUACGAAGACAUGACGUUUUAUGAGAUGCACAUCGAAGCGAGGGACCGAGGCUCGCAUCCGCUCCUGGGCCAGUGCCAAGUGGUCGUCCACGUCACGGACAUGAACGACAACUACCCGGAAAUCACGCUUCAGUCUGUUAAAAACACAGUGAAGGAGGACGUGCCUGUCGGAACUGUCAUCGCCCUGGUGGCCAUCGGCGACAGAGACACAGGUGACAAUGGGAAAGUCGAUUUAUUCAUUCAUGACUCGAUCCCUUUUGUUUUAAACAAGUCAUCAGACAGACCAAUGCAUUACCAGCUAAUUGUGUCCAAAACUUUGGAUCGUGAAUCAGUGCCGGAUUAUGACAUCACACUCAUCGUGAGAGAUUCGGGAAGACCACCAUUAUCUGAUAACGAAACGAUAACUGUGCAUCUGCUGGACGUGAACGACAACGUGCCGCACUUCCCUCAGUCCUUCUACAGCAUCCGCGUGCCGGAGAAUAAUGCUCCCGGCGCCUUGCUCACGUCCCUCAGCGCCUUCGACCCCGACCUCCACGAGAACCAGUAUCUGGUUUACUUCAUUGUGGAGAAGGAGAUCGCCAACACCUCCAUGUCCAUGCUGUUCUCCAUCAACCCGGAGAACGGCAACCUUUACGCGCUCAAGACCUUCGACUACGAGAUGGAGAAGGACUUUCUUUUCCACGUCGAGGCCAGAGACUCGGGUUCGCCUCCGCUCAGCAGCAACGCGAGCGUCCGCGUGGCGGUGGCCGAUCAGAACGACAACGCUCCGGUCAUCGUCUCUCCGUGGCGGGCGCACGGCUCGGCGGUGGAGGAGAAGAUCCCCAGAUCCACGGAUAAAGGCUCUCUGGUGGCCAAGGUGAUCGCCUUGGAUGUGGAUUCCGUGCACAACUCGCGCAUCACCUACCAGUUCCUGCAGGUGAGCGACGCCUCCUUGUUCAGUCUGGACCAGUACAACGGCGAGAUCCGCACCACCAGGAUGUUCAGUUACAAAGACUGGCGCCACCAGAGACUGGUGGUGGUCGCCAAGGACAACGGGGAGCCCGCUCUCUCCGCCACGGUCACCAUCAAGCUGUCCACGGUGGAAACGGCCGCCAAGGCCUACUCGGACGGCGGCGGGGCGCCCCCGGAAUACGACAUCUUCUCCGACCUCAACCUGUAUUUGCUCAUCGGUCUGGGCUCGGUGUCCUUCCUGCUGCUCAUCACCAUCUCGGUCACCGUCGUGCUCAAGUGUCAGAAGGUCGAGCCCGGCAAUAUGGCUCCUCCGUGCAGGAACAGCGUGAUCAGCGAGAGGAACUCCACCGUGGCGGAUUCCACUCUGGUGUCCAACGACGCCUACUGGUACAGUCUGUUUCUAGCCGAGACCAGGAAAGGAAAGCUGGUGGUCAGGCAGCCCGCGCCCAAGGGCUCCAGAUACUUCGUGUCCAGUAUUCCCAGGAGCGCGGCCGGGUCCGCCACCAGCGACUCCGCCCCUUCCACCUUGCAGGUAAAUUAA